UUUGUUCUAUUCUGCUAAUUACAAUUGCUAAAUUAAGUUAAAGUGUAACUCUUUUUGUUUUCCCUUCUCAUCAUCAUCAACAGAUUUGGGUGAUGUCUUCAUAAUUAUUAACCCACAACUAAUUGUAAUCAAAUGAUUCAUUUCAAUUUAUUGAUUGUUGAUUAAUAAUCGUGAUUUGACUUGAAUCGAGGAUUAUUAAAUUGGCUCGUAGAGUUAAUUUUAGUUGUCAAUUGAUUUAAUUGGUUCAAUUGGAAGGAAAAUUUGGAAUCACAAUUAACACAAUCAUUUGGUGUUAAUUAUGGUCCUUGAGAUUUAAUUGUAUUUCGCAUAAGAACAGGCUGAUUGUCUUUCGGUGGUUAAUCAUCUAACCAAAGGUAACAGAUGAGCCAAACUCACUCUUACACCGCCCUCACAACGUUUCAUUUACCAGGAUCAUCCUCAUCUUCAUCUUCAUCUUUCAUCAUCACCAGAAUCCUCAUCCACAAUAAUCUUGCUAUUUUCCUUAAUCACUUAACUAUUUUUUUCUACAUUUUCUGUAAUCAGUGAACUUUUAUCUACGAUUUUGUAGACUCCAAAUCUUAAUCUCUUAAUCUUAAAUCCUAAACCACAAAUAUCUCAGAAAAUUGUAACAAUUUUAUUUCUAAUCUUCAAAUCAUAUGUGUAAAAUCAACUUGAACUUUUCACAUUCUCAGGCUGAUCAAAUUGUGAUUCAAACAUUGGAUGAUAAUCAACUAAUUGGAAUCCAUUUAAUCCUCGACAACAACAACAGCAACAACAACAACAACAACAACAACGACAAUUAUCUGACCCUUUACACCUUAAAGAUUAUUCAAAAUCUUAUCAGCUGAUUUUUCAUUCAAUGAAUGGAUUGUGAUCCAAUCUGAUAUAAAGGAUUCCCGUUCAUCGCCAGUUGAAAACAAUUCAGAUUCAAGACCCAAAUUUUACAUAGGAGAUGAUAUGUAUAGACAACAGCGAUUAUCAUCCAAGGAACCCGAAGAGGAGGACGACUGUUGUUACGAUACCCGAAGUUGCUGUUCCUCAAUUGAAAUGGAUAAUACAAGUAUCGAAAAGGAUGACCCACCAAUCACGGCCAAUAAGGUCAAAGUCGGUGUUUGUGCCAUGUCCAAGAAAUCUGGUUGUAAACCAAUGAGAGAGAUAUUAAGUCGCCUCGAGGAAUUUGAAUAUAUUCAAACAAUCAUCUUCCCCGAAGAGACAAUCCUAAAAGAGCCCGUCGAAAAGUGGCCUGAAUGUGAUUGUUUAAUUUCAUUUUUCUCUAAAGAUUUUCCACUUGCCAAAGCCACCGAAUAUGCCAAACUACGUAAACCGUUUUUAAUUAACGAGCUUCACAUGCAAUACGAUAUGCAAGAUCGUCGUAAGGUUUAUCGUAGACUCGAAGAAGCUGGAAUAGCCUUACCAAGAUACGCGGUCUUGGAUCGAGAUUCACUUAAUCCCGAUGAAAGAGAAAUCAUUGAACAAGAAGAUCACAUUGAGAUAAAAGGAGAAGUAUUUAAUAAGCCAUUCGUGGAGAAGCCGAUAUCCGCUGAAGAUCACAAUAUCUACAUUUAUUAUCCAACCUCAGCCGGCGGAGGAUCUCAAAGGUUAUUCCGUAAAAUUGGUAAUCGAAGUUCAGUUUAUUCACCGGAAACAUCAAUUCGAAAAACUGGUUCUUACAUUUACGAGGAAUUCAUGCCGACCGAUGGUACCGAUAUUAAGGUUUACACCGUUGGUCCCGAUUACGCUCACGCUGAGGCUCGUAAAUCGCCUGCUUUAGACGGUAAAGUCGAAAGGGACAAAGAUGGUAAAGAAAUUCGCUACCCGAUAAUCUUAAGUAACGCCGAAAAACUGAUCGCUCGUAAAGUUUGUCUUGCCUUCGAGCAAACAGUUUGUGGCUUUGAUCUACUUCGAGCAAACGGAAAAUCUUAUGUUUGUGAUGUAAACGGUUUCAAUUUCGUUAAAAGUUCAAUCAAAUACUACGACGAUUGUGCCAAAAUACUGGGUAACAUGAUACUUCGCAAUUUAGCUCCACAAUUACAUAUUCCCUGGUCAAUUCCGUUCCAAUUGGAUGAUCCACCAAUAGUACCAACAACCUUCGGCAAAAUGAUGGAACUUCGAUGUGUCAUAGCCGUGAUUCGGCACGGAGAUCGAACACCCAAACAGAAGAUGAAAAUGGAGGUUAAAAAUCGAAAGUUUUUCGAAAUAUUUGAAAAGUAUGAUGGCUACAAAUUGGGUCACAUUAAGCUGAAAAAACCUAAUCAGUUACAGGAGAUUUUGGACAUUUCAAGAUACCUGUUGAGUGAACUCGAAAAGAAUCCCGAUUUUGACAUAGAAGAAGAUAAAUCGAAAAUCGAACAAUUAAAACAAGUCCUCGAAAUGUAUGGUCACUUCUCUGGUAUCAAUCGUAAGGUCGAACUCAAAUAUCAACCCAAAGGAAGACCCCGAAGAUCAUCAAGUGAAGAAGAUUUACCUCGAGAUCCAUCAUUGGUACUGAUACUCAAAUGGGGCGGCGAACUGACCCCAGCCGGAAGAGUCCAAGCUGAAGAGCUCGGACGUGUUUUUAGGUGUAUGUACCCCGGGGGCCAAGGUGAAUACGCUGGAACUCAAGGUCUUGGACUGUUACGAUUACAUAGUACUUUUCGACAUGAUCUUAAAAUCUAUGCUUCGGACGAAGGUCGUGUUCAAAUGACCGCUGCCGCAUUUGCAAAGGGUUUACUUGCAUUGGAAGGCGAACUUGCUCCAAUCUUGGUUCAAAUGGUGAAAAGUGCCAAUACCAAUGGUCUACUUGAUAACGAUUCAGAUUCGAGUAAAUUCAAGAAUAUUGUUAAACAGCGACUUCAUGAGUGCCUUCAAUGUGAUUCCGAUUUCACGGAGGAAGAUUUAGCCGUUCUCAACCCAACCUGGUCCAGGUCAAUUCAAAACGCUCUCAAUUUCAUUAAAAAUCCUUUUCGAGCCUGUGAACAUGUUUACGAACUGGUUCAAGAAUUGAAUAGUCUGAUAAAACAACGACGGGAAUCAUUCCAAUCUCAAGAGUGCAAUUUAUAUCAUGGCGAAACUUGGGAUUUGAUGCAAAGACGUUGGGCUAAGCUGGAGAAAGAUUUUAAACUGAAAAUCGGUACAUUUGACAUUAGCAAAGUUCCAGAUAUUUAUGAUUGUAUCAAAUACGAUUUACAGCACAAUCAGCAUAUUUUACAAUUCUCAAAUGCUGAAGAAUUGUAUACUUAUUCAAAAGCUUUAGCUGAUAUUGUUAUCCCUCAAGAAUAUGGAAUAACUAAACCCGAAAAAUUGACCAUUGGUCUGGGUAUUUGUUCACCCUUAUUGAAAAAGAUUCGUAGUGAUCUAUUGAGGGAUUACUUAUCAGAGGAAAGUGAAACUGUUAAUCGUCUCAAUCCUCAUUAUUCCCAUGGAGUUUCCAGUCCAGGUCGACAUGUACGAACUCGUCUUUACUUUACAAGUGAAAGUCAUAUCCAUUCAUUACUUUCCGUAUUACAUUAUGGUGGCCUUAUUGACGAUAAAGAUGAACAAUGGAGACGAGCAAUGGAAUAUGUUUCAACGGUUUCAGAACUAAAUUACAUGACGCAAAUUGUUAUCAUGUUAUAUGAAGAUCCAACGAAAGAUCCCUCAUCAGAUGACAGAUUCCAUGUUGAAUUACAUUUCAGUCCGGGUGUCGUUUGUUGUGUCCAGAAAAACAUUCCCAAAGGGCCAGGAUUUCGUCCACACUCCCGUAAUGCACUUUCCAAGAAAUUUUCUGAACAUAAUACGCAUUCCUCUAACAUGCCAAUUAAAGAAGAAGAUUCUGACGAACUAACCGUCGAUGAUGAUCUGGAUUCUUAUGAAAGUCCAAUAAGUAGUACCAAUGCCUGUAGUACGCCCGAAUCACCGACAAUUCUGGAAGAGGGUAAACCACAUUCAUUACAUCACGAUUUUAAAUUCACUGAACUUUUAGAAGAAGAUGAAAGAUUGGAAAAAGAGAAGGAAAAAUUAUCAUCUCCUCCAUUAUCUGUCCCGCAAUCAGGUUCAUCUAAUGAUGAUUCCAAUCUACUUUUACCUGAAGCAAAAUUAAAGAAUGAUGGAACUCAAAUAGCCUCGGAAAUUAAAGCCGAAUCAACAUCUAAAGUCUUAUUACGAAGUAACUCAAUGUCCGUCUCUUUUUCUUGUCCCAAUCAAUCAACGUCAAUGCGACACAAACCGAUAGAUAGUCUAAGACAAGAGAGAAUGAAUUCUCAUGCCAAAAGUUUGGACAAUGUUUGCAAAUUUAGUAAAACUUUAGGUCGUAACAAACCUCAUCGACAUUCAAUCCAUGGACAAUCAAGUUCAUAUCUACGUCUUUGUAGUGUCGCUGAUUUACCUCAUUAUGGUUCAACUAGUAGUCUAUUGUUUAGCACUGCGGUCAUCAGUGGGUCAUCUAGUGCUCCAGAGUUGAAAGAUGUUCUUCACCCGCCUUCAGAUGGAAUUCCUAAUAUACCAUCGAUUCGGCCUUUAGAGACUCUUCAUAAUGCUUUGUCUUUGAAACAAUUAGUCGUAUUUCUUGAAAGAAUGACCGCUACUGGAAGUCGAUCAGCCAACACUUCACCUUCGUUCUUGGCUCAAAUGUCCGGAAAUGGGUCGUCGUCAACAUCGUUCUCAGCCAAUAGCCUUCCGAUUCUGUCGCCAACUAGUUCCUUUGGAUUCUCCGGUCCAUCGUCCAUUGUUUCAUCCAGUGGUCAAAGUUCACCAAAUUCAUGAACGAUUCUUAACUAAGCUGAUUUUUUAUCAAAAUGAUAUCAUAGAAAUGACAAGUUACUAGGAUAACGAUCCGAAAACAUCUCAAUCUUUUCUAAAAGAAUCACAAAAACCGAAAUGAUGUCCAAUUAAUUGUUCUAAAUCAAUUAAAUUUUCUUAAUUACAUUUGCCA